AUGGGUAUUCCCGGAUUAAUCAACGCCAUUGGCACAGGGGAGCGAAUCUCUCUAUCCAAACUGGCUGUAACCCACUUGGAGAGAACAGCAAGGCCUAUUCGAGUGGCUGUUGACAUCUCAAUUUGGCUGUUUCAAGUCCAGGCCGGCCGUGGCGGAAAGAACCCUGAGCUGCGGACUUUAUUUUUUCGACUUCUGAAGCUUCUGUCACUGCCAGUUCACCCGCUGUUCGUUUACGAUGGCCAGCAUAAGCCUCCCUUCAAGAGGGGCAAAGCAGUGUCCACCCGCAGCUACGGCAGUGCGCCGAUCAUCCGGCGCUCCAAGGAUCUGAUUGAAAGGUUCCGAUUUCCAUGGCACGAAGCUCCGGGUGAGGCCGAAGCGGAGUGUGCGCGACUGCAACGAGCUGGCAUCGUUGAUGCGGUCAUGAGCAACGAUGUCGAUGCGUUGAUGUUUGGCUCCACGCUGACGAUCAUGAAUUUUUCGAAAGAGAGCGGAACUGGUACAUCUGCAUCAACGCAUGUGACUUGUUAUCGAAUGGGCAAUGAGGGACACAUUUCUAAUGUUCCCUUGGACCGAGCGGGCAUGAUUUUGUUUGCCAUGCUCAGUGGAGGCGAUUAUCUGCCCUCAGGCGUCCCGAAGUGUGGGAGCAAAUUGGCCGCGCAGAUUGCGAAAGCACAAUUUGGCGAUGAUCUGCUGAAGGAAAUAUCGUCCGAAUCGCCCGACCUGGACUCCCGGCUGAACGAAUGGAGGGAACGGUUGCAAUUUGAGCUUGAAGAGAACGAGAGCGGCUGGUUUACGACAAAACACAAAGCUGUGCGAAUCCCGGAGUCUUUUCCUGAUCGAACAAUUCUCAAAUACUACGCAGAGCCUGUGGUGUCAACGAAAGAUGAAAUGACGGCCUUAAGACGUCGUCUGAGACAUGCCUGGGAUUGCGAGAUUGAUCCUAUGGCGAUUCGAAGCUUUGCUGCAGAACACUUCGAGUGGAACUACCGCUCAGGCGCGAGGAAGAUUAUAAAGCUUCUCGCGGAGCCUCUCAUUUCCUACAGACUUCGCCUCCAGAGACCUGUAAAGGGCCUAUGUUCAGGCACUCUUGCUCCCGAUUGUGAUACAUCCUGGAUGCAAAAGGUUCACAAAAGUCGUGCAAAUUUCGGUACAGACGGCACUACCGAGCUUCAAAUGGACAUGCUGCCCAUUGAUGUUGUUGGUAUUGAUCUUCUAGCCGAAGAACCUAACCCACCUCUGCCAUCCCAGGAGACUGUGCCAUCGCAGAACACGCACCUCUCCGGCGAUGAGGAUGACGACCCAGAAGUCGCUGCCGAGGUGCCACCGCCCACACCUUCGAAGUCGCGGGUGACCAAACGGUAUGAUCCGCUUGCAAUUGAGAAGGUCUGGAUCUUCGAGACUGUCGUCAGACUCGGUCUUCCUGAAAUUGCUAAGAAAUGGGACGAUGGGCAGGCCGCCAAAGCUGCCAAAGCGGCCAGGGCAGCUACUCCCAAGCCUAAGAAGCCGGCCGCUCGGCGCGCAGGGCCCAAGAAGAAGGGACCUAUUGAUCCCGGCAUGACGCGGGGGAGUAUCCUGAAAUAUGGAACUCUCACAAAGGAAGGAUCAGAGUUAUCCUCUUCCGCAAAGACCCAGUUGCUGGAAGCAGCUUCUUCUACUAAGCCUGUCAAAGAUCAGCGCUCCCCAUUCCAAAGUAUGACGCCCGUUAAUCCCGAGACGGAUUCCUCUUCUCCGAGUAUGUAUUCACAACAUCAGGCUUCGGAACAGACACCCUUGACAUCACACGAACUGGAUGACUUUAUUGGCACAUUUUCAUCAUUGUGCACAAUGUCAACACCGGCGGCCAAGCGACACCCGGUGAACACCCAGUCAUAUAUGCGAGCCCGAGCCGGCAUUCUGGCAGGUACCGAAGGUGAAGUCGAGGAGGUCACCGCUUCCGUCACCGACCAUGUUGCGUCGUCGCAGACUUUACGAAAAGGCAUCAAAUGCAGCUACUCUGUCUCCAGCGAUGAGACUUCAGCGACCAACGACGAAGUAAGGGAAGAAGAUCUCGCAACAACAUCGCUAGCAUCCAUGGGACUUUAUCACACUCACAAGAAAUCGGUCAAGUGUCCAUCAACGGAGAAAUCGCACGUAAUUGAAGACUUGGAAGAAGCCAUCGGUUCGUUAUCACUGUCAUUGAAGGACGAAAAAGAGACACUUCUGGGUUCGACAGUCCCUUCUUUGCGUCUACCAACUCCAUCGAAGACACAAGACCACAAAUUCCGUGGUAGUCCUUCCAAGGAACUAAAGCACAAAGGUCAUAAUUCUUCCAAGGCAUCUGCAUCUUUCCAAAGCUUUGCCGUGGACACAAAAGGUAUUGAUGCUCUGCCAAGGCAACCAUCCGAACACAUCAUUGUGCCACCGAGCCGGAGUUCUUCCCCAUCAAAGGUUUCCGAGAAGUCAAAGGGCAAGUCGCGAGAAUGCACAAAACAAAAGGGCCAAGAACCGGAGCAAACACCAAGCAUUGGUCAUCUCGAAAACCUCACAAUCUCGAAUGGCUUCUGGAUGAUCGACUCCCUCGCUCAGUCCGAAGACGACUCUACUACCACGAAAGUCGAUGGCGUAAAGCGUGGCCAGAAGAAGUCGGACAACAAGAAGCGCGUUCCUCGCGUCAGUAUUCUUGAUUUGGUCUGA